CUCCAUACAGUUUUGCAACCCCAGUUUGUCCCUCGGACCAAAAGAGUUUGCCCACCCCUGCCCUAAUAUGUUCCCCUUGUCUCUCCAGCUCUUAUUUUUGUUUCUUCUCCAUGUUUCCAUCCCUGUUUCUGAGGUGUCUCCCUUUCUGUGUCCCAGCAGGUGGCAAGAUGGUAAGUGAGAAGAAGGAGCAGAAUCCUCGGCAGGAAGCGGUUGAGCAAAUGCCACCACAUGUGGCCAGAUCCCAAGAGAAUGUGUCCUGGAAUCAUGAGCAAGGAAAAGCCUGUGAGCAUCAGCGCAAGUCAGAGAAGUGGCAGGAAAACCAAUCAAGGGAGAAAGUUGGUAAAUCUAUUAAUUAUCAGGGAAUUCAGAAGGGUCUCAAGGAAACCAAAGCCCAGCAGAGCAUCCCUGCGGGAGAGAGAAAUAACACAUGCUCUGAGUGCAGGAAAAACUUCCACAGCCACUCACACCUCAUUAGACAUGAGAGAAUCCAUACUGGAGAGAGACCCUACGAGUGCUGUGAGUGUGGGAAAAGCUUCACUCAGCGCUCGCACCUUCUUACCCAUCAGAGACUCCACACAGACGAGAGCCCCUAUGAAUGCCAUCAGUGUGGAAAAAGCUUCAAGGAGAGAUCAAACCUUCUUACACAUCAAAGAAUCCAUACAGGGGAGAGACCCUAUGCAUGCUGUGAGUGUGGGAAAAACUUCAAUCAUCGCUCAGCCCUUGUUGUACAUCAGAGGAUCCAUACAGGAGAGAGACCCUACAGAUGCUGUGACUGCGAGAAAAACUUCAGUUCCCAGUCAGACCUUAUUAAACAUCAUAGAAUCCACACUGGGGAGAAACCCUAUGAGUGCAGUGAGUGCGGGAAAAACUUCACUUACUGCUCAGACCUUAUUAAACAUCAGAGGAUCCACACAGGGGAGAGACCCUAUGAAUGCUGCGAGUGUGGGAAAACCUUCACUCUGAGCUCACAUCUUACUGCACAUCAGAGGAUCCACACAGGGGAGAGACCCUAUGCGUGCUGUGAAUGUGGGAAAACCUUCAGUCAGAGCUCACACCUUAAUAAACAUCAAAGGAUCCACACAAGAGAGAGACCCUAGGAAUGCUCUGAGUGCGGGAAGUGCUCCAUCAGAGCUCAGCCCUUAUCAUCAGAGAAACUCCAAGGGAGAGAAACACCGUAACAAAAUUGUCUAAGGCAGAGAAAAGGUUUUUUUCCACCCCUUUACACUUUUUCUGUUUCCCACAUUGUGAACAUUAAGGCUGUUUGCUGCAUUUGCGCCACCCUGGUGUCUCAGCUGAGUUGCCCUCCUCUCCCUUUGGCUGCUCACCCUUCCUUAAGGCAAAUCCCAUAGUCCUUUUUAUCAAUCCCCAGGUCAUGGAAAUGUGUCCCCCUCCAACAGGAAUGUCCAUCAGCUCCAGGUGGGGAAAACAGGGGUAACCUCAACUAGCUACAUUGAGGUGAAAUCUACCUGGGCUUUGUCCCCAUUACGAUUUAGCUAGCGAGCAUUAGCUAUCCUGAUGUAAAACACAACUAUUCUGGCACUAAAAAAAUAGUCCACAUAUAGUCACUGGGCUAAUCCAGUAUGUUUCUUCGUGACUUGACAUAACCUCCAUCACUUGUCCUAGUCUAAACAAACCCGCAGCAUCACAUUUAUACUCUUCUUUCCACUGAAAAGUACUAGUUAGUCACCCAGUUCCCUAACCGGGGACAGAUUGGCUCAUUCUCGGGUCUUCUCACAUUGCACUGGGUUCUGCUGAAGAGCAGUUAUUCUUGUACCAUUUUUCUCAUGUAAAUAUAUUUAAAUAUAAUAAAGAGCAGGAGGGGGGGGGAAAGUGUUUUUUCAGCUGCUGUGACACCCGAAGAUGAUCGUAUGAGUCGGAGGGAUUCCCACCUUCCUCGUCACCCCAGCAGUGUUGCCUUCUUGCUGAGCUAUAUGAGGUUUAUCUUCUCCACAUUCAACACCUCCCCAAGUGUCAUGUGAUGCAGUGUUCUCAGCUCUCUGUGCUUGGGAAGCAUAGUCUUAAAACGUAUUCAUUUAGGGCUGGAGAUGAAGGUAUCACAGAUCUGGGAGAGGAAUUUGAAAGGAUCCCAAAUGCAAUGUGAGCACUUGGAGUAUAAAUCCAUUUCUGUCUGUUAGCAAAGCCUCUGCUAGGUUUUUUUCCUACUGAUCUGGGAUUGUUUGUGGAUGGGAAGCCUGCUCAAUAACAUCUGAAGCCACUGGCCUCCCUCAGCCCUUAACUCCCAGCAGAAUCUGCUACUUGCUGAAAAUGGGGCUGUGAAAGGAGGCAAAUCAGAAGGGAGGGUUGGGCAGAAUUUGUGCAGGGCAGGCAAGCUGAAUGCAUUGGUGGGUCAAAAUGUGGAGGCAUGGGAGGCAGCGGGGCAAAGUCAGGGCCAGGGAGUAGGAGCUGGUAUUAAGAAAAGGGAAGAUGCAUGGCCAGAUCACGGCGAUAGGGAGGGGUACAGGGAAUAACACUUCAUAAUUGGGGGAGCCUUCCAAAGUGUUUUCAAACCUAGAAUGUAGAGGCAGAGGGGCUUUUACUGAGCCCCACAGGAUGGUCCAUCUCCAUACCCCCUCCCCAGGGCUGUGUUCCUGAAGGCACAUCCCUAGGCCUAGACGAGGCAGCUGAUCCUGAUCUGAAAUGAUGUAUGGAGCUGCUGAAGGAGACUGGAAGCAGUGACGUAUUUUUUACAUCCGCUCCUUAAAAAUUGAUAAUUUUCAUACAUGUUUUUGGAGUUUAAACUUGAGAGUGCUCGGUAAGAGCAAAGUAGCAACCCGUGCAGGAGAGCAAUUCAUUGGUUACUAUUACGUCUAUAUACCCUCAGCCCUAAAAGCCCCAGUCACACACACUGUGUCCCUGCUGUUUUAAGUGUUGUACAAACACUGAGCAGCCCUAGGCUUGAGGAGCUGACAAGCCAGCCAGACACGGUGGGGCAGGGGUAGACCGUACCAGCAGAGCGAACAACGUGACGGCAGGAACUGGUGUGUUAAUGUCACCAUGUUUUCUUUUUGCUGGGCUGAAUUACAAUGUGACCAGCUAAAGGGGAGGGACAGGGACAUUGAAUGGAUGGGGUGAGGGGGGGAAGGGGUGUGGAGAACAGGGUAAGACAAGUGAUGGGAAGCUGAAGAGAUCGGGAGGGAGGUGAAAGGUGUAAGAGGACUGACGGCUCAGACAACCCCUCAGCACAGGGCAGAGGAAGCCCAGUCCAAAACUGGUCUUUGAACCUCCAGAAAUCUCUUAUUUUGCUGCUUCUGCUCCGACUGGCUGGGGUUUCAGGCUGGCUGGUUCUGCUAUCAAAGUGUCCCCUAUGAACCCCCAUCCCCCAGGAGAACAAUGGGACUUCAGGGAGCUGGAUUGUUACCUCAGAAUUUGACAGUACUGAAGUCAGCAAUUUUGCGUGGUCAGACACUCCCAGCUCAAAACAAAACAUGACAGAGCUAGAGGUAAGGCCACAUAACUGCAUGUUUUCUGGUUUGCUAUCAGAAUGAGAGGAUGGGAUAAGUGAAUGUAUUGUAAGAAUAGCAGGAAUGUUUGAACGACCGACGUUGGUCUUGAGCACCUCUGAUACCAUUAACAUAUAAGUUGAGUUAUUGUUAUGAAUAAAAAUGUUUUGAUGAUGAGAUAAGGACUAGUUUUGCUGAAAGUAGGAGAAUUGGUGACCCACUAGGGGUUACUGUGGAGACCCACUAGGAGUCACUAGAAGCUAUGUGCUUUGUUUGAAGUUAGCUAAUAAAGAUCAGUGAAAGAAUUUGCUUUGGAACAGUCCAAGGAAGCUUUCUUUGGGCAAGGAUCUGACAGCUACAUUCCUCAGCAGAUAAAUCGAAGGCAGCCCCUCCCAGAAACCUGGAUGCCGAACCCUCAAAACCAUUUCUUAACUUUAGGUAAAUAUAAAUGAAGAUUGGGGUUGGAAGAGAUCUCAGGAGGUCAUCUAGUCCAACCCCUGCUCAAAGCAGGACCAACCCCAACUAAA